AUGCAUCAGCAUCCCAUCUAUCACUUGGUGCUUAUUACAGCACUGCUAUGCAUUUCUCCAGCCAUCUAUGGAUUCUGGAACUCUGCUGAAGUACAUCGCUCAGUGGUAGUAAAACGCGACUUUACUCCAAAGUACGAAACCGGAAAGAAAUCUUCAAACAUAGGCUCAUACCUUUACAGAUCUUACCAUUCGCUUUUGCGACGCGCCAACGACCCAGAGGUCGACGGCGAAGAAGACCUUCCAACCAACCUCGGAACCUGUGUCCCUCGUUGUGUUCUGACAGACACAGCACGCGGCACUGAUGGAACCAAGGCGAAAAGAUCAAAUGUUUUAUCAGAUGCCUCCUGUCUCCUCGGAUCGUCUUCUUGCCUUAAGGCACGCGACACUUCCAAUAACUCAACGAACCGACUUCAAAAGCGAGCUCGGCCACUUCCCGGUUAUGGCUCCAAUGAUGAUCUUCGCACCAAGACUCAACAACAAUUGAAUGAUUGGAUCAUGCAAAGAUUGCCUGAUCCUCGAAAUACGGGUACUGAUGUUACGAUGCUUUGGAAUCAAAGAGAUCCUGGACAGUGGAUUGAUUUGAAGACUUACCGGGGAAGGAACGGAGAAUACAAGCCGUAUGGGAUACCCACUUCGUUUUUCCAACAACCAGGCAAUGAUGCAUUUGCAUGGGGAACUAUCGGCCUCAUAGGAUGCAGUAUGUAUAUCAUUAUAAAGACACCCACGCCGCAGGAUACAAGAUCGGGCGUCUACAUGGCACACAUCUGGGAGUCACCGGGAUUCUCCAACGACGUCGAAGGUACCAGGACUUGGAGUUUGGCACAGACAGGGGCCUACAUCAAGGAUUUCAUCAGCAAGGGCUUCCCUCAGGCAAACUACAACAGGUGGAUCCCGGCCGACCGUCGUGAACAUCAAACAACUUUCCAAGAGGGUUUGAACAACUACGGCACGCACCUUGGAAACGGACAUGUCAUUGCAAUGCAUCCGCAAAAAUACGACCUUGAGGAAGUUAACGGAGUGGAGCAAUAUGUUCCGGGCGAAGGCCCUCAGCAUCCAGACGGUCUCAAUUUGUUGAAGACCACCGUCAACAAGGUAAUGCAAAGUAAUCAUCAGAGUACUCUCACUUGGUUAGAGGACUAUCUCUACCUUCCAAACAGGGAGGACGAGAACCAUGUCCGAGCUUUUACGACUCCAAAUGGGCGAACCCUGUUCGAGUACGAUCCGCAAUUCGAUUUAGGAAACGGUCAAACCACGAGAAUGGGAAUGCUUUUGCUUGAGGAUGGGGGUCCAAGAGGUCGACAGAAUGCAGAUGGUACCUAUGAGCCUGGCCCCGGUGGACCUUUUUUCUUCAAUUUUGGCACCACGUCCGCCUAG